CAAGCAUUAGCUGGUCUCCUCUCACUCAAGCCAGGUAGGCACUUUACCAUGGAAGAUUGUACUGUUAUCUCAAGUACAAAGGUGAGCAAGCGUAGCAAUCAUCAAUGGUCUCCUCAUGAGGACAAAAUUCUUAUUGAUGGCUGCCUAGAAUUCAUUAACCAAGGGUGGAAAGCUGAAAAUGGUUUCAAAACGGGAUUUUAUCAACAAUUGCAGAAAUGGAUGACUGCAAAAAUCCCUGGUUGUCAUAUUACGGGAGAUCCACAUAUAAAGAAUAGGUUAAGACACUUGAAAACACAAUACAAAGAAUUUUCAAUGAUGAGAGAUGCUUUGGGUUUUGGUUGGAAUGAAGAAAGGAAAAUGGUGACUUGUGAUGAUGAGGUUUGGACAUCAUGGAUCAAGAGCCAUAAAGAUGCUACUCAUUUGAGAUAUAAAUCCUUCCCUUAUUUUGAUGAGCUAGCAAUGAUAUUCGGUAAUGAAUGGGCAUCUGGGGAUAAGUGUGAGUCUCCUGCUGAAAUGGUGGCAGCUUUAGGAAAGGAAAGUGAUCCUUUGACUGGAGGGUCCAUGUCGAAAAAGGCUGUUCAAGAUCAGGGGCGGAUGCACCCUUAUAACGAUGGGGGCCUUGCCCCCAAUAACAUUUGACCUUUUUGUUUAUUUUCUUUUGCUUUUUUUCAAUUUAUCACUUGUGACCCCCAACAAAAAAAUAAGAGUGCCCCCAUUAAAUACUCCCCAAUCAUUUUGAAAUGGAAAAGCUACGGACUUUGCUAUAUGUCCAUGAAAUUUACUUUGUAUUUAAUUAAGUAGGAGAAUAUUCUCUAAAUAAGAUUUAAAAAAUCUCAAAUAAGAGUGAUUAUUUUCUUCCUAAAAUAAGACCUAUGCAUUCAUAUUUAGAAUUUUUAUUAUUAUUAUUUAAUUCUUCUAAUUGUACUAGAUAAAUCAUUUGUUAGGAAGAUACUCCGUAACAUAUUUAAUUCUAUUUUAGAUUUUUUUUUUUAUAUUUUAGUCUUAUUUGAACAAUUUCUUUUUUAUGAAUGUUAUAACUUGCAUGAUUUUCAUCUCUUAAAAUUAAUUUAUAUGUUGUCAUUUCAAUCUUGUAUAUCUUUUAGAGCGCGUUGGUAAACCUGUCUUUCGGUUUAUCAGUCUUAAAGUCAACAUUUUUCAUCAAGAACAUAAAUUUUGAUUUUGCACGCUAAGUUUUAAGGAGUAUAAUACUCCGUAAUAAAAAUACAUAGGGUUGAUGUUACCUUUUCUGGCUGGAUUGACUAAAGUUAUUGUAGAGGACCAUUUUACUUAUUUUUUUCAUAUGAUUUUUAUUUAUUUAUUUUAUUAAUAAUAUGUAUUUUAAUUUUUUCCAUAAUUUAAUUGAAUUAGUCUGUUCAACUACUUCAGCCAGAACUUCACAAAUCUUAACAAAAUUAGUCAAUUUAAGUAUUAUCAAACAGGCUCUUAGUGAAUAUGAUGCCCCCAACAACUAUAUUUUCUAGAUCCGCCCCUGUUCAAGAUGACUUUUUUGGUGUGGCUGUGGAUCUUGAAAGUAUGAAUGAUCAUAUUUUUUCUACGCCUGACAUCAACAAAAACAAGAAACGGGCUGCUAGUGUUUCAAUCAAGGAGGAAUUUAGUGGAACAAAAAAAUCCAAGAAGAUUGGUUCUUUUGAUAAACAUGCUGAAGACUUUCAACAAAAAAUGGAAAGAAUUAUGGAAUUAUGUGCUACUUCAAACAAACAGUUUGAGAAGAUGUCAACUUUCUUUGAUUGUUUUAAUGCAGCUGAUGAUAACAAGCCACAUAUUUUAGAGAUGAUAAUGAAUUUACCAAAUUUAAGCAAGGAGAACGCGAUUCGAGCAUUUGGAAUCAUAUCAGCUAGUAAAGGGAAAACAGAUUCGUUUUUAUUGAUGCCAGAUGAAGAGGCCAAACUGAUUUACAUUAGUGCUGUUCUAAAUGGU